AUGCCAGCUGAGCUCUCGACCGAGUUCACCCUCCCUACCACACUUGGCACCUUUCAAAAGUACCUUCACUCUGGUCUUGUUCGUCGUCGUCGGCAGGUUGAGUUUGAUACUUCGAAUGUGCCGUACUUGCUCUCGUCUUAUGUCGAUCCCAUCACAUCGCUGACCGAGGUGCGCUCGGCGCGGAUGGUUGGCCCAGGCGUGUUGCGGAUCGAUACUGUGCUGGACAUUCCUCCCGAGUCCAAGCUUGCUGGCGCAGUCGAGUGCUCCAUGGAGCUGGUGGCGACUCAGACGGGCGAUGAGCAGCUGCAUGUUACUGUCGCGGUCCACGUCACCAUCAACGCCUCGUACCUUGUCCGUACAUCGGUAGAGUCGCUCAUCUCAUCGGCUGGCGCAGCUGGCUUCAACCGAUGGGCCGCUCGUGCGGUCAACGACUUUCACUCGUACCUCGCCGAAGCGCGCCUGCGCGCGCCCGACACCCCGACUUUGCCGCCGGCUGUCUCUGAAGACGACGACCUCGGCUCGGACGAGUUCUACGACACCUUUGAGACUGCUCCACUAGGCGUCGAACUGGCAAGCCUUGCCGAGCGCAUCGAGGAUGUUCUCCGCGGCAUCCACGCCAUCGAGUCGCGCGUCUCCUCGCUCGAGUCGGCCUGUGUUGAUUUGCGGCUCUCGUUUGUGUGUGAGGUGCUUGCAGCAGACUCAUUUGUGUCCAUUCCGCUGCUCGAGUCUGGUGCAACACUGCUCGAUUGGGAGGCAAAGUACUCUGCGUCGCUUUUUGCUGACGGAGGCGAUUCAAGCUCGGAUGUGGAGGGUAAGAGCGGCGGUGGUGGUGCCAGCGACGGCGAGGUCAGCGAUCGGGCGCCGUCGUUCUCGCUUGCCGGCAGCUCGUACAACCUCAUUGCUCGCCCAGGUGCGUCUGGCCGCUACGUCGUCGACGUCCACGCCCAGAUCGGCUACGCCAACCAGCACGCCAACUCGGUUGCCGUGCAGAUUCCUCUGGCCACCCGCGGCGAGCUCGAGUUCACUGUCCCGCGCCCGGACGUCAUUGUCUCGUGUGAAAAGGUGCUUGUGGGGACGACGACCAAGACUGAGUCAUCGACUACGCUCCACGCCUCCAUUCCGCCGCUCGGCCUGGCCUCGCACCGUGCGCUCACCAUCCAGUGGCAGCUCGAUGACGGCCCACGCAAGGCUGCCGCCGCGGCCCGUGCCAAGGCCAAGGCCGAGGCCCGCGCCAAGGCCGAGGCCGCUGCCAAGGCCGCCCUCACUGUCGACGUUGCUGCGUCGAGCGGCGGGCCCGACUCCAACGCUGCCAAGGCUGCCCAAGAGGAGCCGGUCGUUGUCCUCACCCAGCACGUCAGCAUUGGCAUCGGCGAGGGUGUGCUCUCGAUUGUGGGUAGGUUCUCGUACUCGCUCGUCAACGCACUCCGCGACACCUUUGACAUCAAGCUUCCGGACGGCAUCCGCAUCCUGGACGUGUCGGACGUUGCGUCGUCGCCGAUCAUCAAGUCGUGGGAGGUGCUCUCGGCCGAAGAGGCACUUGCGUCGGGCGUGGUGCCGUCGUCGGGCGUGACGCUGGAGAAGCUACUCGGCAAGUCGGCGGACGCGCUAGGCGUCCGCGUCCUUCGUAUUCGCACCCAGUAUGCGCUCGAAGCCUCGUUUGCGUUUGCGCUCCUCGCCGAGAUCGAGCUCGGCGCCACGUCGGCGGAUCUCGACUGCCCGGCUUUCCGCGCUGUCGGUGUCUCGCGCGAAAAGGGCUUUAUUGGCGCCGGGCCCAAGACCAAUGUCGAGCUCGAGGAGGUCUCGCGCCGCGGCACCGGCUUCUCGCGCAUCGAUGUCAAGGAGCUCUCUGCUCCGGUCCGCGCCGACAGUGUCCGCCACGUCCUUGCCUACAAGUUCCUGCACUCGGGCUACAAGCUCGAGCUGCGGGUGACCAAGCACGCCGACGUCGCUGUCCUUGUUGCCGCUGUCGACGCGGCCGUCUACGACGUCAUUGUCACGCCCGAGGGCAAGCACGUGGUCCAGGCCAAGAUGCGCAUCCGCAACACCGAGCGCCAGUUCCUCCGAGUCCACCUCCCACCUGGCGCCACUGUCUGGUCGACCUCGGUGGCGUACACGCCCAUCAAGCCGGCGAUCGACGACAGCGGCCUGCUCAUGAUCCCGCUAGCCAAUGCGUCUGACACGUCCUUCGACGUCAUCGUUACCUACGUCACCAUUGUCCCUACCGCCGCCCUUGUCGGCAGCGGUACUAUCGACGUCGUGCUCCCAGUCCUCGACCUGGCCAUCUCGCACGUCUUUGUCCAGCUUCAGCUUCCGACCCACGAGCACAAGUUUGAGGCCGUGUCCGGCGCUGCUUUUCGUUGCGUCGACAGGUUCUCUGCCCAGCCGCCGGCCUUUUCUCCGCCGCAUCGUGCGCCAGUCCAGUCACGUGCGCCCUCGCGCCCGGUCCGCCGCCAGCGCCCGGCCGCCUCUAACCGUCUCGCCAUGCGCCGCCGCUCCAUCUCGUGCCUCGAGUCGUCGGCCUCAUCGAUGGACUCGAUGUCCGAGGAGUUUGACGAAGACGACGACGAGGACGACGUCUGCGACUUUGACUCGGCCGACCACGCGGUCAAGGGAAAGGACGCGGUGACCGUAACCGCUACCGGGGCCGGGGCGUCUUCUACCGGCGCCAUUCCGGUCGAGAUCCAUCUCCCGCGCAUCGAUAACUCGGUAGUCGAGACCUUCCGCUUUGAGCGCCUCCUCCUCUCGGCGUCCGAGGCGCUGCCGCCGGCCUCGAUCUCGUUUACUCGCAAGUAG